UCACUCUUUUCUUUCAAUACUUGCAGCGGAUGAAGAGCGAGUUGGAGGCUAUAAAACAAGUGCUAGACAUUACAUCACAUUAAGAAUAAAUCAUGUCUCUAUGUAGGACCAGAUAGAGAAUUGCGUGACGAAUCAAUAUUCAUAUCUAAUAUCUCAAGUGCCAAAAUUAUGUUUGGCAUACCACAACGCCAAGAUGAUACUGCGUUCGCGUGUAGGUGUAUUGUUGGGACAAUGUCGCAAUGCACGUCCAAAUUCGCUCCCACCCAUCCAUCCCGAGACGCCUCAGGCAUGCUUCCUAUUCCCCCCUUCAACAUUUCCGCUUUUUUUAUAGGACCUUUUUUCCUUAUAGGGCCCAAUUGCCCAGAUGCAAAGGGAAAAUUAUAAACCAAACGACAGUUACACAGCUAUUGAUAACCG